AUGGCGAUCAAACUGUCACUUCCUUACGUCAGUUCUAUGUUUUAGCUAGAUGAGAGAAGUAUCCCAGAAGGCACCGCUGUACAAACAUAGUGAUUACAGGAAAUCAGGAGACAGCGUGAUGAGCUACAAACAUCAGAAGUCAUAAUGCAGAUGACUUUACUGUCCAUCACAGUGUGGCUUACACACUUCCUCAAAGCCUCAUCUUUCAAUUACAACACACCAACUGCAGACACCCAGAGGAACUAUACUGAAGCCAUACAAAUCACUGGAGCAACUACAAAAACAAACAUGCAUACAACAGCUUUGUCCCCUCCGGUCACGACAACACAGGACAACACAAUAAUAACAACAACAACAACAGAUUUGACUGGUGAAGCACAAACACAUGCAAGUUCAACUCUGAACGAGAUCUCCACAGAGGAAACCGUACCCAUGCAUCAAUCUCAGAAUGACUUUAUGGAUACUGCAAAUACAACAGAUGGUGACAGAAAUACUCUUAUGUUUCAAACAGACACAACCGUUUCCUUGAAAUUUACACCACAAAAGGACGACCAAAAUGAAACAGGAAGACGGUCAAGUGCGCACAACACGAGUUACGAUCAUGAGUACAGCAGUUUGGGCUCAGUUACUCAAACACAGACUGAAGGCAUCUGGAGUACCACACCAGACAAGCAGCCCACAUCAGAACCGCUCAACAGUGCCCAAACGGCAUCGUGGAAAGACUGGACAGCAGAAAGCAACGCAACCACGAAGGUUUACGAAGAACAUUACGAAAUGAGCUCCACCCAGGCAGCAUUUGCUAAUUCGAACGAGGAGUCAACAACACAAGGCACAACUGGAAGUGACGGCCUCAUGACUGAACACAGAGUUCAAACACACAGAGAGGAACAUUUCAACACAACAGAUACAACUUCUGCAACACCAACAAUAGACAGCAACUUUAUAACUUCUCAAAAUUCAGACGUACCCAUGACCACAAUCUUGCAUACCCUGAAUAUUACAGAAACAGCUGAAAAUCACAGCUUAACACCUGUCAAUGAAAUGAAAAGUGGUGGACGCUGGACGGGACAGUCCAGCACAGAGGACAGUGGGAUAAAUGAAUCUACAACACAAUAUGGAGUCACAAACUCUACAGCGUACAUAGGAAGUGAAAAUAGGACACUAGUUACCUUAGACACUCCCAAUGACACCACCGAUAUCAACAACAGCUCCAUCAUAGCAGAAAUUGUAACAGACAUAAAUGAGGACAGUGGGAUAAAUGAAUCUACAACACAAUAUUCAGUCACAAACUCUACAGUGUACACAGGAAGUGAAAAUAGGACACUAGUUACCUUAGACACACCCAGUGACACCACCGAUAUCAACAACAGCUCCAUCAUAGCUGAAGUUGUAACAGACAUAAAUGUCACAUCAAUUAAAACUGACACAAAAAACAGACAUUGGCCUGAAUGUUUCGACGCAAACUCAAAACAAACUCUGCAAUCAAAACUGGUGUGCUUUAUUACACUAUGGACGUUGGCCAUCACUGCUACGGUAUUCCUGGGAAUAAGCAUUUUCUUGUGGGUCCGUAUUUCGGUUGAAAAAAAAAAGAUGACGAUUAGUGGAAGGAGGCAGGUGGAAAAAGGUGGACCGGGGGAGAGGGAGAGCCUGUGGGCUGAUCCAAAAACAUCAGUACAGGAGAGAGUGGAAUUCUGGUAUGUCAACGGAUCAACGUUGGAGGCAGACAGGAAGGAGAGGGGAAGAAAGAGGGAGGAGAGGAUGAAGAGGAAAAAACAGGAACAGAAUCAGAACGAGAACGAGUUGUGGAUUCAACCUAGAGUGACUGUGGAUGAUAUUACAGACUUUUGGUACGCAAAUAGAAGAAUUAAGGAGGAGAGGACAGAAAGACAUUGAAAGACUGCUGGAGAAAAAGUUUAGACGGUUCUACCUCCAGGAAUCAGCCUGUAUAUAUAAACACUUUGAUGGACAGUUUAGGGCGGUUUCCCAGACAGGGCUUAUCAUAGUCCCAGACUAAAAUGCAUGCUUGAGCUGUCUUAAUUUAAAGGGACAUUCCACUUUUUUUGAAAAUAUGCUCAUUUUCUAGCUUCCCAAUAGUUAAACAUUUCAUUGAUUUUUACUAUUUUGGAAUCCAUUCAGCUGAUCUCCGGGUCUGGCAGUACCACUUUUAGCAUAGCUUAGCACAAUCCAUUGAAUCUUAUUAGACCAUUAGCAUCACGCUAAAAAAUAACCAAAGAGUUUUGAUAUGUUUUCUAUUUAAAACUUGACUCUUCUGUAGUUACAUCGUGUACUAAGACCGACAGAAAAUUAAAAGUCUUGAUUUUCUAGGCAGAUAUGGCUAGGAACUAUACUCUCAUUCUGGCGUAAUAAUCAAUGACUUGCGUAGUGAUAUUAUGCACUGCCCGAAAAUAGUCCCCUUUGGUUACUUUCAAUAGCAGGGGACUAUUUUCAGGCAGUGCGUAAUAUCAGAUUUAAUGGAUUAUGCUAAGCUAUGCUAAAAGUGCUAGCACCAGGCCGGUAAGAAUCAAAUGUUUAACUCUAUGGGAGCUGGAAAAUGAGCAUAUUUUCCUGGAGUGUCCCUUUAAAAACAUCUUGUACUGACAUAUCUUAACAUAUAUCAGUGCCACUGUUUUGUCUCAAAAUGCACACCAGUAUUGUUUUUGUAAGGUUUAUUUGUAAAACUACUUAAUGUCCUAAUAUAACUAAGGCCUAGUCCUGGAUUAAUCUAAACCCUGUCUGGGAAACCGCCUGUUCAUGUUAGAAAAUAAGUCUGAUAUUAUGUUACUAUACUAAGAUCUGCUGGCUUGAUCUUACACUUUUGGUUGUCUGAGGACAAUUCACAAACUGAGAAGAAAGUAUAAAGUAUAUUGGAAAGUGAUGAUGAGUAAGUUGAUUCAGUUGGGUGGAUAACAUUAAAAAAUGAGAAAAACUGGAAAGUCGCCCGACCGAAGAAAGCUUAACAGGGAUUCCCCCUGAUCUUUUAUAGGAAAGAGUGGGGAGCUCCAUUUAAACCACAGAAUUUUACUCCAUCACUUUAGCAUAUGAAGAGUUUCAUUGCAAAACGAGAUAACCACCGUUUUUUUUUAAUUGUUCAGAAUUCUCGUUUUUUGGUUGUGCAUUCCAAUUAAUUUCAAUUCAACUGCAGUUGGUUUGUUUUGAUUUAAACCUUCAUAACUUAAAAAAUACAGCUAAGUAGCACCAUAAAACAAAAUAAUAACAUGAAAACAUAAUAAUAAACAUGUUUUGACAAAAAUGUUAAAAAAUGGAUUUAUCUCGUUUUGCAACGAAACUCUUCAUAUGAACAUGUACAUUUUAAAAGAUUCCUUUCUUGAGCUUACAAAUGAGUUGGUAUGCAUUUUUUUACUAUUUUGAUAUUUGUUUUCUACUUAUUUAUUACAUUAAACUGCAAUGUUUAAAGGAACAUCCUCUAUAUAACGUUUCUGAUGGCUUUCUAAACGGCCAAAAAUGAUCUAUGUAGGUACAGAUAUGUAUACAUUUGGUACCAAUAUGUAGCUUUCACAUACUAAUAAAAAUUCUUUGGUACCAAUAUGUACCUCUAAACAA